AUGGCAGCCGAUAGCAAGCAUAUGCAUUUGGACAACGCUAAGUUUUCCGUCAACCUGGACGUGAAGCAUUUCUCGCCGGAGGAGCUGAAGGUCAAGGUUUCGGGGAACGUGAUUGAGGUCCAGGGGAAGCACGAGGAGCGCCAGGACGAACAUGGCUUCAUCGCCCGGGAGUUCAACAGGAAGUACAGAAUCCCAGCCGACGUGGACCCUCUCACCAUCACCUCCUCCCUCUCCUCGGAUGGCGUCCUGACAGUGAACGGACCAAGGAAACUCAAGGAAGUCCCGGAGCGCAGCAUCCCCGUCACGCGGGAAGCAACAUCGGCCCUCCUCCCAGGACCAAGGAAAUGAAGAGACCCUCGGAGACCCCAACCCCCUUUUUUUAUACACCAAAGAAAGCCUCUCUCUAGGACAGAAACGGCAAAGCGAAUCUUCUUCUUUAUUUCUCUGUGCAAA